AUGAUGGGACGAUGGAGCCACACGGCUAACGUCGCCCGUCUAUCUCUUCUGAUGGUCUACAUUGUUGCGUGUUUAUGGAACCCUCUCGAAGCUGCCGUGCUCAGACAGCGGCGCGACGGUCCGAACCCGUCUCUUCAUCUUCUGCUCUCCGAUGUUCAUCAUGACAUUUACACGGGCAGCAACAAGGAGGACGGAGAUGGUAAUAGGGGAAACCAAAUCGAUAAAAUUGCACCAGAUCCUGUGCCGCAAGUUCAAGUCCCCGAUCCUCUACCAGCCCCUGACCCAGCCCCAGCCCCUGACCCAGCCCCAGCGCCUGACCCAGUGAAGCCAGUUGAACCCGACCCAGUCCAGGUGCCAGAUCUUCCUCAGAUAGAUGUCUCUAGUGGUACACAAGUUGACCAACUUCCAGCUGCUCCGGAUAACUCCAACAAGGAAGACGGCGAUGGACACGGGAACAAGGGUCGUGUGGACACGCCGUCUGUUGAUAUUCCGGCGCCACAAGAGCAACAACAGCCUCAGCAGCAGCAGGAGCAGCAGCAGCAGCAACAACAACAACAGGAAGAGCCGCAGCAGCAGCAACAGCAGCAAGAAGCUCCAGUGACACCAGAACCUGCAAUAGCACCAGAAACUCCGGAACCAAUACCUCCUGGGGAACUGGCGGGAGACACAGCGUCCAACCUCGCCGAUCAAAUCAGUGAUGAUGAUAGUUCAGAAGAAGAAACAAUUUUCCCUGACAAUCUAGUGGAUCCUUUGGUGGUACCUUCAGAAGGGGAGGGAACUGCUGGUUCUAAACUAACUAAAGGAGCGGCAAGCAUUGUCCCUCCUCCAGUGCCUAACUUUAACGACCCAUUUGAUCCAUUUAUUCAUUCCAACCAGCCACCACCGCCUCCUCCUCCUCCUGACUUUGGAAGCUCUAUCAAUGUAGGACUUUUAGGAGGACCGCCUCCACCUCCACCUCCAUCAAACGAUUUUCUAGCUCCUCCACCGCCACCUCCACCCUCAUCAAAUGAUUUUCUUGUGCCGCCCCCACCACCUUCCUCAAAUGAUUUUAUGGCUCCCCCGCCACCACCACCUCCAUCAAACGAUUUUCUAGUUCCACUACCACAACCACCACCUCCGCAUAUGCUCGGAAGCGAUCUUAUACCACCUCCACCACCACCUCACAUAGUAGAAGCUGGGCUUAACAUGCCUCCACCUCCUCCUCCAGCAGGUCUGACUGAAGCCUACGUACCCCCAGAAAAGAAACCCCCACCUCCAAACGAAAACCUGACCCCGGAAGACAAACAAGCUGCGGCACUCUCCGCGCAAGCUGAGGCUCAAUCCCUGGCCAUCGACAAGCAUAGCGACCUCCUGGACAUACGCCACGACCAGCUGGUUAAUGCUAAAGUGGAGAUCAUUACUCCACCACCACCAACACCACCUCCACCACCGCCAACUCCCAUGCCGAUUCCUAUAGCGGAUCUGAAAUCAGCAGCAUCCGACAAGGCUGUAGAUUUGAUGGACAUGCAGAGGGACCUUGCCGCUGCUGCCAGAGAGAAGGAAAUUGCAGCGAAAGAGGCGGCCUUGGCAGCAAAAGAAUCGGUUAUUUCAGUGCUCAGACCGUAA